UACAGCGUCGUGUAGAUGCAGAGCGUUGCUCUUUAUUAAGGAGGCUCCGCCUUUAAUCUCCAAAAUCCACCUAGCAUGCAGCAGGUUGCCAUUUCCCCCGUUCCACCUUAAAUGACUAAUCCCAAACCAGACCUCUCUCUCUCACACCCAUCCCGCGGCGGUCCCCGGCUUGUGCUCUCUCUCUUUCCAGUCCCGGAAUCCCUGGAUCCAGCUGUCUCUGCUGCCGAUCCGCUGUAGUCCGGAGCCUGUCCGCGUCGCUACGCUCUCUUCCAACACGGUGGAUCUGGCAGACUAGCGAGCGUGAUCGAAGGGUGAAACACGGUUAGAAAAUUACCAAUCGAAACUGAAACCUCGUUUUUGCCUUCGAACCUGGACCGGACGCUAAAUCCACAAUAUACCAACGGGUAUCCCUUUCUGUGAUAAUCUUUUCUUCUUGGAAAAGGUGGGGAAAGGGAUUUUGUUUUCCAAAAAUCUGGAUUGUUAACUUUGCGGGGAGACAGAGACUGCCUUUUUACCGAUGCAUUUUUUAUAUUCCGUUUAUUGUAGAUAUAUUGUGGUCCUGUAAUUAUUGAUAAACCGUUUACUCGUUUAUUUAUUUACUAGAAAGAAACAUUACUACUAAUAAUAAUAUUUACGGUAACAAAACAUAAAAACACCCUUGUUUAAGCUGUUUUGUUGCUUAUUUUUCAAGUCACUUUUUUUUUUGUUUGUUUUUUUUAUUUUGGAAUCCCAAAUUAUUGCAAAACUGUCUGUAUAAACUCGGAUGUUGGUUUUCACAUUUUAUUUUAUUACAACAGUCUUGAGGGAAAGAACAACCACACCACGAAGACAUUAAUACUAAAUUGGUAUAGAAAAGCCUCAAUAAUUUCAGUUGUUUUUCAAGGACGAUAUCCACUGAAUGCGUCAUCGUUACUGGAAUGAAAUAUUGUCUUAUUUUUUAAUCAUUAAUGCAAAUUACACACGAAACAUUAGAGAAACACGAAUUAUUACAGAAAACGAAAUCUCGAAAGAAGAACGUUAAUCACUAAUCAAAGUCAUUUUUUUUGUGUGGAUAUUUUCUUUCUUUCCCUGCGUAACAGAGAUUUUAUUGUUAUAUUUUCAUCUGACGCUUGUGUAAAGAAUAUUUUUGGUGAAGUUCUCUACUGGAGGGGAGGAGACUAAAACGCCAUUCUUUUAGACUACAACCUGGAUUUAAAAGAAAUUCGAGGGACGAGUCGUUAACUACAGAUAUCAUGUUGCACUGAGCCUAAAGAUUCACCCGUCAGCAGAAGACCGAGUGAUCAAGCGAGUUGCCUGUAUCCAGGGAAGUCCCGCCCCUUUGAGAAAAUGCCUACUUGUCCUUGUUCGGGGCCACAGAUGCUGUGGUAACAUGCUGUUCUUGGUUACACCUCUGUCUGGAGAAGCCUGGCUCAGUUGAUGUUUGUGUCUGUAUCCGUGAGGGAAAAAGCUCAAGAAAUUCCCAGAAUUCCUUGCGAAGGGCAGGGACUAGGCAUACUUCCUGUUGCCUGAAGUUUUGAACAUUUUGGGGUAGGAGGAGGUGGAGUAAGAAGAAAGAAAUAACGUUUGUAUCAUAAAAACAAAACUGUUUGUUUAUUUGAACAUUCUGAAUACUAUUAUAUUGAUCUUUUAAAAAAACGGGUUUAAAAAAAAAGAAAAAACGUAAAAACAAACAGAAGACAAUCCCAACAUUCGAGUAAGAAUGGCAAACAACACGGUGGACCACCCCCCUGGGAACUCAGUUGCCGAGGGUAACCAUGAAGGCGAGUUUGGCUGCUCGGUUGCUGACCUGCGUGGAUUGAUGGAACUGCGGAGCGGCGAGGCAGUCGCCAAUAUCAGGGACAGAUUUGACGACGUACAGGGCAUCUGCCGCAAGCUGAAGACCUCGCCCAUUGAAGGCCUCUCCGGUAACCCUGUGGACCUGGAGAAGAGGCACCUGGAGUUUGGCCAGAACUUCAUCCCUCCGAAGAAAGCCAAGACCUUCCUGCAGUUAGUGUGGGAGGCGCUGCAGGACGUGACCCUCAUCAUCCUGGAAGUGGCAGCCAUCAUCUCUCUGGGGCUGUCUUUCUACCACCCUCCAGGGGGAAACAGCGAGCAAUGCGGUCAGGUAAGCGGGGGAAUAGAGGACGAGGGCGAGGCCCAGGCUGGCUGGAUCGAGGGGGCUGCAAUUCUCUUCUCUGUCAUUAUCGUAGUCCUGGUAACAGCCUUUAACGACUGGAGCAAAGAGAAGCAGUUCAGGGGGCUGCAGAGCCGCAUCGAGCAGGAGCAGAAAUUCACCGUCAUUCGCAAGGGCCAGGUCAUCCAGAUUCCUGUGGCUGAGAUUGUGGUGGGGGACAUCGCCCAGAUCAAAUACGGUGAUCUGUUGCCAGCAGAUGGCGUUCUCAUUCAGUGCAACGACCUGAAGAUUGAUGAGAGCUCCCUGACCGGCGAGUCGGAUCAUGUCAAGAAGUCAGUUGAAAAUGAUCCCAUGCUGCUGUCCGGGACUCACGUGAUGGAGGGCUCCGGUCGCAUGGUGGUGACAGCAGUCGGCUUGAACUCUCAGACUGGCAUCAUCUUCACCCUGCUCGGGGCUGGAGGGGAUGAGGAGGAGAAGAAGUUGAAGAAAGGCAAAAAACAAGGACCUGCAGAAAAUCGCAACAAAGCGAAAGCCCAGGAUGGAGUGGCCCUGGAGAUACAGCCUCUGAAAAGUGAGGAAGGAGUGGAGUGUGAGGAGAAGGAGGUGAAGAAAGUUAACGUCACCAAGAAGGAAAAAUCAGUGCUUCAGGGCAAGCUUACCAAACUAGCAGUACAGAUCGGCAAAGCGGGCCUGAUCAUGUCGGCUGUGACGGUGAUUAUCCUGAUCCUGUACUUUGUCAUCGACACCUUUGGGGUUCGUGGAUAUGCGUGGACGAAGGAAUGCACCCCAAUCUACAUCCAGUUCUUCGUGAAGUUCUUCAUCAUCGGAGUGACCGUGCUUGUGGUGGCCGUUCCCGAGGGGCUGCCCUUGGCUGUCACCAUCUCGCUUGCAUACUCCGUCAAGAAAAUGAUGAAGGACAACAACCUGGUGCGUCACCUGGACGCUUGCGAGACCAUGGGCAAUGCCACGGCAAUCUGCUCAGACAAGACGGGCACGCUGACCAUGAACCGCAUGACGGUGGUGGAGGCCUACAUCGGGGACACCCACUUCCCGCAGGUCCCAGACCCGGAAGCACUACAACCCGAAACACUGGAGCUCUUGGUCAAUGGGAUCGCCGUCAACUCCGCCUACACUACAAAGAUACUGCCUCCUGAGAAGGAAGGUGGUUUGCCCCGUCAAGUGGGAAACAAGACAGAGUGCUCCCUGCUGGGGCUGGUCCUAGAUCUGAAGAAGGACUACCAAGCAGUGAGAGACGAGGUUCCAGAAGAGAAGCUGCACAAGGUCUAUACCUUCAACUCUUCACGCAAGAGCAUGAGCACUGUGCUGAAGAACCCUGUGGGAACAGGCUUCCGCAUGUACAGCAAGGGAGCCUCUGAGAUCAUACUGCGCAAGUGCACUCGGAUCCUGGGUAGGACUGGUGAAUCUCGGAUCUUCAAGGCGCAGGAUCGGGAUGACAUGGUGUGCAAGGUUAUCGAACCCAUGGCCUGCAACGGCCUGCGCACCAUCUGCCUGGCCAUGCGGGACUUUGAGACGGAGCCCGACUGGGACAACGAGAAUGAAAUCCUGUCCAACCUGACCUGCAUCGCUGUGGUGGGCAUUGAGGACCCCGUCCGGCCGGAGGUACCGGACGCCAUCACCAGGUGCCAGCGGGCUGGAAUCACAGUGCGCAUGGUGACGGGAGACAACAUCAACACGGCGCGGGCGAUCGCCACCAAGUGCGGCAUCCUGCUGCCUGGCGAGGACUUCCUGUGCCUAGAGGGCAAAGAGUUCAACACGUUGAUCCGCAAUGAGAAGGGCGAGGUUGAACAAGAACGUCUUGAUAAAGUCUGGCCUAAGCUGCGAGUCCUGGCUCGUUCAUCUCCAACAGACAAGCACACCCUCGUCAAAGGAAUCAUCGACAGCAUGGUUGGAGAAACGCGACAGGUGGUGGCUGUGACGGGAGAUGGCACCAACGAUGGCCCCGCCCUCAAGAAGGCUGACGUCGGCUUUGCUAUGGGUAUCGCAGGGACGGACGUUGCAAAGGAAGCCUCUGACAUCAUCCUGACAGAUGAUAACUUCACCAGCAUCGUGAAGGCGGUGAUGUGGGGCCGCAACGUCUACGACAGCAUCUCCAAAUUCCUGCAGUUCCAGCUCACUGUCAACGUGGUGGCCGUCAUCGUGGCUUUCACCGGGGCCUGCAUCACACAGGACUCUCCUCUCAAAGCUGUCCAGAUGCUGUGGGUCAAUCUGAUUAUGGACACCUUGGCAUCUCUGGCCUUGGCCACAGAGCCCCCCACCGAGUCCCUGCUGCUGCGCAGACCGUACGGGAGGAAUAAGCCGCUCAUCUCCCGGACCAUGAUGAAGAACAUCCUGGGCCACGCUGUCUACCAGCUCACCAUCAUCUUCACGCUGCUGUUCGCAGGAGAGAAGUUCUUUGACAUCGACAGCGGUCGGAACGCACCCCUGCAUUCCCCGCCCUCGGAACACUACACCAUCGUCUUCAACACCUUCGUCAUGAUGCAGCUCUUCAAUGAGAUCAACGCGCGCAAGAUCCAUGGGGAGAGGAAUGUCUUUGAGAGCAUCUACAAGAACCCCAUCUUCUGUGGAGUGGUGCUUGGCACCUUCGUCUUCCAGAUUAUCAUUGUGGAGUUGGGAGGAAAACCCUUCUCCUGCUCUGGCCUCACCAUUGACCAGUGGCUGUGGUGUGUCUUCAUUGGGGUGGGAGAGCUUCUCUGGGGUCAGCUGAUCUCCGCGAUCCCGACAAACCGCCUGACGUUCCUGAAGGAGGCAGGCCACGGGACCACGAAGGAGGACAUCCACGAGGAGGAGUACACAGAGGGAACAGAUGAGAUUGACCAUGCCGAGAUGGAGAUGCGUCGAGGGCAGAUCCUUUGGUUCCGGGGGCUGAACCGCAUUCAGACACAGAUGGACGUUGUUUCUACAUUCCAGACGGGCUCGACGGCGGUGCCGGGGGCUCUGCGUCGGCAGCCCUCAGUGGUCAGCCAGAACCACGACGCAAAAACUGUUUCUAGCCCCACCCAUAUUAAAGUGGUGAAUGCAUUCCGUAGCUCCCUUUACGAGAAGCCAGAGUCAAGGACCUCCAUCCAUAACUUCAUGUCCCAUCCUGAAUUUGGUCCAUCUACAGAGGACGAGCCUAGGAUCCCCACCAUACAGGAAAACAGCAUUGAGAUUGAGGGUCUCUCCGAGUCCCCAAAAGCAAAAGGGGGUCCAAGGGCACACUCCCCCAACCGCAACAAUAACGCGCUGGACAUCGUUGUGGCCCCUUCCCAAGGCAACACAUCCCCGGGGAGCCCCCUGCACAGCCAUGAGACAUCCGUCUGAUGACCCUUGAACUGUGACCCUCAAAUCUCCCAUGCAAACGCACUACUCCAGAUGCACGGUUUUGCCAUGUGCAUGCUUGCCUGCGUCUUGCCUGCAAGCAAGCAAAAUCAGCUGUUGGGCAGGAGAGCUCAGGUCUACUCUGACUUCUUCAGUUACUCUCUCUCUCUCUCUCUCUCUCUCUCUCUCUCUCUCUCUCUCUCUCUCUCUCUCUCUCUCUCUCUCUCUCUCUCUCUCUCUCUCUCUCUCUCUCUCUCUCUCUCUCUCUCUCUCUCUCUCUCUCUCUCUCUCUCUCUCUCUCUCUCUCUCUCUCUCUGGUUUUGCUACAUGUUUAUAAAUGUCAGUACUAUGUGGGUUCUAGUUUUAAAGUUAUAUCCAAUGAUCAAAAAAACAUACUUUUAUACUGUAUGUGAACUUCAAAUUCAAACAAAAGUGAAACCACAAAAAUCUACAAAUAUUCAAAUUAGCCCAGCCAUUUUUGUUUCCCAGCUCACGCUAUGGUGAUCCUACUGAAUUAUACAGUUUCCCAAAUAAAAUCUGUGGCAUAAGGAAUGGAUUUAGAUACUUUUAAGCUCUCUGUUGAGAUGGUACAAAGUUAAAUCCACCCUGGUCUUAUUUUUAAAUUUUGCAACACUGCCAAAACUAAGAGCCUGCCUUUCUUUCUUUCUUUCUUUCUUUCUUUCUUUCUUUGUGUGUGUGUAUAGAUAUAUAUUUUACACACACGCCUCAUUGAAUUAAUUGUUCUGUACAUACAGUACUCACACCGUAAGAGUACUGUAUGCAGAAGGGAGUCAAUGAGUGCCCCCUGUCUGCAGCUAGGUGUCACAGUCCCUCCUCCAGUGCCAUUAGAAAAUAGUUUAACAAAACAUUAAGGAGAAAAUUAAUUAUCAACUAUAAUACAUAUUUUCUUUUAGAUAAACCAUCUCUUAUAUAUAAAAUUAAUUUAAAUCCGUUUGCUUUUUUUCUGGGGAUGGGCGUUGUUGUUUUUUUAUAAUUGAAUUAUCUGUGAGUGUGUUUGGGGUGGGG